CCUUUAUAGAGAUUAAUGGAAGAUAUUACUUCAACGAUUCCGAAACGACUAACUAUUGUCCUUGUGACAGUAAGGAAGAAAUGCGAUUACAUAGAAUGCAUCAUGUAGAUAAAAUGAUUUGGGGAAGUCUUCAAUCUUCUCCUGUUACGGAACAAUUAUCAUUGGGUGCCAAAGUUCUUGACGUCGGGUGUGGCGGAGGAGUAUGGGUUAUGAACACGGCCUCGGACAAUCCUCUCUCAACGGUUAUUGGAGUAGACAUUGCUCCAAUGUUUCCUAAAAACAGUUUACCCAAUACAGCAUUUCUCAAAUGUAAUGUCCUCGAUGGAUUACCGUUUCCGGACUGCACGUUCGAUUUU